AUGUCCCAAGCACUGCGAAGUGCCAAGGAGCGUGCGCUUCAAAUCGUCGAAAAAGCGUCACGCGUUCGGAUUCAGGACGCACGAGACAAUAUUGGAGCUCGGACGGCGGGAAGGCAGUUGAAGAAGGGACACAAUCAGAUGGGACACACGCAGGGAGCACUGGAGAGAGCCGCCAAACCGCCGCUCGGCUGGAUUUGGGGCGAUUUUUUCCGUCCGUGGCAGAGAAUGUAUCCCGGGGAGAAGCUGUUCAAUGCGGAUAUUAACACCCGUCGCGAAUACAUUCCCCUAUCGCUCGUCGAAUUGGCUCGUCUCAUCGAUCUUGGCUGGAUCAAUCCACGUCUUCCAAUCGACGUCUCCACGCUAUGUGCCACUCAGAAAUUUCAAAUCAACCCGAAAAUCCGACAAUACGGAUUCGACUUAACCGAGGAGGGCGCCGACUCGUUUCCCUAUCCCAUCGAUAUCGAAGUACAGUAUGCGACACAAUCGGCGAUCGCUGCAGUUGAGAAGGCUGGCGGCCGGGUGCGAACCGCGUAUUACGAUGUGGAGAGUCUUGAAGCGGCGGUGAAUCCGAAGGCGUGGUUUGAAAAAGGACGCGUGGUUCCGAGAAGGAAGACGCCGCCAGCUAGUCUUAUCGAAUAUUAUAUGGACGCGAAGAAUCGUGGAUAUUUGUGUGAGGAGACGGAAAUUGAGAAGGAACGUCAAUUGAGUGCUGAUGUUAGAGGAUACGAGCUGACGGAGACGCUGAAAAUCACUUCUGCAUUGAAAUCGAUCGAUCAAGUGUUCCACGGAAUUCCAUCUGGAUGCGUCGUUUCAUUGGCUGAUCGGAAAGUGUUCGCACCGAAAAAUGAAGUACAUCGCGAGUAUUACAGUAGCCAACGAUCUGAUAAAUUGUAUUCUUAA